AUGACGAAAGUGCGUAAGCAACUUCGGGGCAGAAGCAAUCCAUUGGCAUUAUCCGACAUUGCAUUCAUAAAAAGAUUUCGGUUAAGCAAGGAGGCAUUCCAGUAUGUUUUAUCGAAAACAAAAAUAAACCGCGAUGACACAAAAGCCGUUCCUGGUGCUUUGCAAUUGGCUGCAAGCCUCUCACUCCUUGCAAGUGGUAACUAUCAGCACACAGUUGGUAGCGAUUACCUGAUAGGUAUGUGCCAGAGCACGGUAUCAAAAUUGACGUCCAACGUCUUAAAAGAAAUGGAAACAAAAUUGUGUCCGGAAUUUAUAAAGUUCCAGCCCAACGAAUCUUCAAGAUUGGUUGGAUGCGUAGACGGAACACACAUUGGAUUACAAAAGCCAAUUAGAGAGGAGCACAUGUACUUCAACAGGAGAGGUUACCAUAGCCUUAACGUUAUGCUAAUUUGUGACCACACUUGCGAGAUUCUUGCCAUAAAUUGUCAAUAUGGAGGUUCAGCCCAUGACUCCUGA